GUUGGUUGAGGAUCAGCUCUGAACCCUCUGAUCCUGGGAGCAGUCAGCCAGCCUCACUUCUGGAACUUUUGAGUUGGUAGGAGCAACACCUUCAGCAAUGUAGGACUACAGUUGAUGGGAAAUACAAGGAGAGUCUCAAAGACUGUCGGAGAGAGGCCUUGCGUGCUUGGAGACAAGGUGUCUGGGAGCAGGUGGCCUCCGCGAAGAGGAAACUCUGAACACAGCCUAGAGGAAGUUCUGAGAUCUGAGACGGGCCAAGCCUGAGAGGGCGGUCUGAGGAGGCGGAGCCUCGCUGUAAAUAUAAGGCCCUGUUCACCUUCUGUCUUGCUGCUGAGCUUGCACCGCAUCUCAUCACCCACAAUGCCGCCUUACACCAUCGUCUAUUUCCCCGUUCGAGGGCGCUGCGAGGUUAUGCGCAUGCUGCUAGCAGACCAAGGCCAGAGCUGGACGGAGGAAGUGGUGACUAUGGAUGCCUGGGGGCAGGGGACACUCAAGGCUUCCUGUCUGUUUGGCCAGCUCCCCAAGUUCCAGGAUGGAGACCUCACCCUGUACCAAUCGAAUGCCGUCCUGCGGCACCUGGGCCGCACCUUUGGGCUCUACGGCAAAGAUCAGCAAGAGGCAGCUCUGGUGGACAUGGUCAAUGACGGACUGGAAGACCUCGUCAGGCACAUUGGCCAGGUUCUCCGUAACUAUGAGGAGGGCAAAGCCCAGUAUCUGAAGGAACUUCCGGGACACCUGAAACCAUUUGAAACUCUGCUGGCCCAGAACAAGGGAGGCCAGUCCUUCAUUGUGGGUGACCAGAUUUCCUUUGCUGACUACCGACUGCUAGACUUGCUGCUGAACCACCAGCUCCUGUUCCCUGACUGCUUGAAUGACUUCCCCUUGCUCUCGGCCUAUGUGGCACGCCUCAGAGGCCGGCCCAAACUCAAAGCCUUCCUGGACUCCCCUGAGCAUGUGAACCGCCCCAUUUCUGCUCGCCUAAAGAUAUGAGCCCACCUGUCUCCCCCAACCCCUACCCAUGGACCAUUAAAAACCAUAGCAGAGCCGGGCUGUGGUGGCGCACACCUUUAAUCCCAGCACUUGGGAAGCAGAGGCAGGUGGAUCUCUGUGAGUUCGAGACCAGCCUGGUCUACAAGAGCUAGUUCCAGGACAGGCUCCAAAAACCACAGAGAAACCCUGUCUCGAAAAACCAAAAAAAAAAAAAAAAAAAAAAAAAAA